UAUAAAGCCAUCUUGGAGAAUUACUACUUACCACGAUCGUUGGUUUGCUUAAUUACUCUGUCAUCCUUCCCCCCGACGGACGAUGGCGGCCAGACUUUCGCUAAAACAGGACUACGAAGGCUUGCUGGACAAGUACGAUACUUGGUUAUUUGACUGCGAUGGUGUCCUAUGGGAAGGAGAUCGAUUGGUCGACGGUGCAAUCGAAGUGUUGGAUUUAUUGAGAAGUCGCAGUAAACAAGUCUGUGAUGUUCGUUACGAAUAAUGCUACAAAGUCGAGGAAGAGCUAUAAAACAAAGUUCGACAAGCUCGGCGUACAGGCCCAUGUGGACGAGAUCUAUGGAUCAGCAUUUGCUUCAGCCGUUUAUAUAUCGUCCGUAGUCAAAUUGCCGAAGGACAAGAGAGUAUACGUGAUCGGUAUGACUGGGAUUGAGGAGGAAUUACGUGAGGAAGGCAUUUCAUACCUCGGUGGAACAGACCCAGCAGAUAACACCCUCGAACCAUUUACUCUCGCGAACUGGACACCAGAUCCCGCCGUAGGAGCGGUUCUCUGCGGUCUCGAUACCUCAAUCAACUAUACCAAGUUAUCUAAAGCAUUCCAAUACCUCCUACGCGACCCCGCAUGUCUAUUCCUCGCCACAAACGAGGACAGCACAUACCCAAGUGCUGAAGGUCUGCUCCCUGGUGCAGGCUCGAUCGGUGCACCGCUAAGGUUUGCUCUCGGAAGAGACCCUAUUAGUAUCGGGAAGCCUGCAGGUACUAUGUUAGAGUGUAUCAAAGCGAAGCAUGACUUCGAUCCCAAGCGUACCAUUAUGAUUGGCGAUCGGCUGAACACUGAUAUUCAAUUUGGCAAGAACGGGAGUUUGGCUACGCUCUUGGUCCUCACAGGUAUCACAAAGGAGUCAGAUAUUACUGGACCAAAUGCUUCGCCCACCGUUCCUGACUAUGUCACGAAAUCCAUCGGAGACCUUCGAGUCCUCAUCUCCUAAUCUUCAACGACAUGUGUGCUCACUAGACGUUCAACGAACAAUAUAUUAGUGAUAGAUAUGUGUAUCUCGUAGGAUGUAUAGAAUUAGACCAUGUCCCAACUAGAAGAGCAAUGGAGGGGAUAUAUGGAUUCACGUCCCUUUCUUCUUGGUGUGCUGAGGUUCCGAUCGUUUCGCGCUUGCUGCCUCUCUGUUUUCGCGCAACUGGAUUUCGUAGAGUUGGCGUACUCCAUUAAUAGCAAGUGCCCACAGGGAGCCCACGAUGUACC